AUGGCAGAUACAGCACCCCCAUUUGCCAUUGACGAAAAGACGCCGGUUCCCAAGGACGGAUCAGCUCACGAGUCCAACACGACGGAAACGGACAGCCAUGAUGUCGCGUCGAGUCAGAUAGACACGGACCUGGGCAGCAAGGUGACGCGCAAGAUCGACAUUGCGCUGCUCCCGCUGCUGGGCAUGAUGUACCUGCUCGCCUUUCUGGACCGGACCAACAUCGCGACGGCCAAGCUCAAUGGCUUCGAGGCGGACCUGCACAUGCCGUCGUCGGGCUACAACACGGCGCUCUGGGUGUUUUAUCUGCCCUUUGUCCUGCUCGAGGUGCCCUGCAACCUCAUCCUGGGCCGCCGCGGCGUCCGGCCCGCCUACUGGCUCGGGGGCAUCAUCUUCAUCCUCGGCAUCACCUCCAUGUGCCAGGGCCUCACCCGGUCCGCCGGCGGUCUCUAUGCCUGUCGGGCCUUGAUGGGCGCCGUCGAGGCGGGCGUGCAGCCGGGAGCCGCGCUGCUCAUGGCGCAGUACUACAGACGAGUCGAGUUUGCUCCCAGAUUUUCAUUCUUUAUUUGUUGUGCCUUGAUCGGAAACACAUUCAGUGCCUUUCUGGCUUAUGCCAUUAGUCACAUGGACGGAGUCCACGGUCUCGAGGGAUGGCGAUGGAUAUUUAUACUCGAAGGCAUCGUGACUGGCUGUUUUGGUAUUGUCCUUGGAAUUUUUACUCCGAGCUGGCCCGAAAAGGCACACUUUCUGAAUGAAUCCGAGCGUGAAGUCUUGUUGCGCCGUCUAGAGAUUGAGAGGGGAAAAGAAAAUCUCGACAUGCAAAACGUCAACUGGAUCAAGUGCAUGCUCAACUGGAAGACGUGGGCAAUCACCCUCGUCUUCUUCUGCUGCGACAUGAGCGCCGCCUCGACCGUCUCCUUCUCGCCCACCAUCCUCUCCCAGCUGGGGUACAGUGGCAACCGGGCCAAUGUCAUGUUGAUACCCAUCUACCUCGUGGGUGCGUUCAUCAUGGUGUCUUCCGGAUGGAUUGCUGGGCGCAUCAACAACCGCUCCGGCGUCAUUGCCUUUGGCGCGGCCAUGUCCAUUGUCGGCUGGGCCAUCCAACGUGCCCAGGUUCAACCUGCUGGAGUCCGCUACUUUGGUCUCUACAUGAUUUACUGGGGCGCCAAUAUCCAAAUGCCCAACUGUGUUGCUUGGUUUCACAGCAAUGUGGUUGGUAGACCAGAAAAGGCUGUUGGGAUGGCUAUUAUAGCUGGUUUUGGCAACUCUUGCAAUUUCGUUGCCUCCAAUGUAUUCAUAACCUCUGAAGCACCACGGUAUCCGACUGCAUUCUCUACUGGUCUUGCCAUUCAAUCAUUGGGAUUCGUGUCUUGCCUGACACUGGCGGGUUUCUUCUUUAUCCAGAAUAAAAAGGCUGGCACUCAGAAAUACUACUUAUGA